UUGUCACUGGGCUAUCUAUUGACUGAACUAUAUAAACACUCUUAUAUAUCGCUGGGAUCUGACAACUGAUAAACUGGAAGGCCUAAAGUAAACUAUUAAAGAUGAAUGCUCUGCUCGUUCUGAGUGUUGUUGUCAGCCUCUUCUGGACCACAGUCGGAUUCACAGUUAAAAGGACAGGCGAUAAUUCCAAUUGGUGCUGUGAAGUGGAGCCGACCAUCUCGUCGUCCAAUUUCACUUCGAUAGAAAUACACCAGUUUACGAAGGUGAUCUGGGAGGAGAAAGAAGGUCCUGUUCAUCAAUGUGAGCCGGGUGAGGACACGACUGUUGGACUGUUCAGCUGGGACUGCCAGAGCAUGGUGAACGUCUCCAGGACAGUGACCACAUACCAACAGGUGCCCGUGGUAAAACCAGUGAUACAGCAGGGCGUGUGUCCCACGGAACACCUAGUGUGUUGUGAGGGUUAUGUCAAACACCAGGACCAAUGUCUAAAAUCCUCUGCCAUUAAUUCCCUCCAGGCCCUCAUCGACGCGGGAUUGAUUGGAUAGUUUCUGGCAAUCAAUUCAAUGUCAUAUAUAAAACGUUGGAAAUAAAAUCACAAAAAUAUA